GGGGGCUCAGGCUAAAGAGAAAAAUGGCGGACGAACAGAGAAGUUUCACAGUUUUGGUGAAAUUCUGUUGAUGUCUGCACAAAAUGCCUCCAAUAGAACUUCCAAGAUUAACAGGCUCCUUGCGAGCUUUCUCAGGGCUAUCGUCCCCACACUCACGUCCACCAGAAAAUGGCGAUGACUUGAAGAGAAAGCGGGAACUGAGAUCGAAGAAGCAGCUGGAAAAAAUUUUAUCUUGGUCAGAAUUAAAAGGUUUGAUUUUAGACGCGACGAGUUUCGGUAAAAAUGCUACUCAUGAGGUGAAGACAUUGUUAAAGGAGCUUGUUCACACUUCGGCUGAAAUUGUUGGUAAAGAUUCAUCAGGUGAAGCUGUGGAAAGUGCAACAGUAUUUGUUUUCACAACUUUGAAGGAUGCAAGUCACAUUGGAAAAAUUGAAAGUGCCAAACUAAAAAGUGUUUUUGGAGCAUUUCCAGCUUCAGCAGCAACCAAAGCUUGUCAUAUCAUUCAGAACAUAAUUUUACUGCUUCCUGAGGAAUGCUUGGCACUCAUUGACAAGAGAAAUGAAGAGAAACAUGAAGAACCUUUGAAGGAGUUUGGCAGUGACAUAAAAUUUGCUCCAUUUAAGAGUAAAGUUGUAUCAUUAGAUGAUGCAUUGCUUUCUGAUUCUGAGGAAGAAAAUGUUGAGACUCAAAUGGAUUUUCCAACAAUCAGGGAAGAACAAAUACCUUCGAGGGAUACCUCAAGUGCAGGGACAAAUAACAAAGAUGAAAUCAAUGGAUCAUGGCUAAGAAACCAGUGUGAACAUUAUUUUGGUGAUAGUAGCUGUGGUGUGUCAGUUCUGGAUCUUUGUUCAGCGCUCUUUGACAUUCUCAGCUCUGAUAGAGAUGACGAAGCUAUUCAGAAUGAGGUAUUUGAGCUUCUUGGGUUUGAUCGGUUUGAAUUCAUUCAAACACUCCUUGCUAACAGACACAGGAUAGUUAUAGCAACUUCUGAAAGUGCUUCUGAUUUGAAUGAAGGCAAAGAGAGCGGUAGAGUGAAGUCCACAACAGGUCCAAGCAAGCCUUUGUAUGGAUGUCAAGUCACCGUGCAGUCUGAACAAGAGAAGCAGCUGAUGCGACAGGUAAGGAAGGAAGGAAGAAAGGAAGAACGACGCCAGGCUCGUAGAGACAGGAAUGCACCUGCAGAUGAACAGGAUAUUGAUCAAGAAGCUUAUCUCAGAGCAGUUGGCUUUGAUCCUGACUCAAUGAAAACUCAGAGGGAGAUCGCUCUCCAAGUAGCGUCCAGUGCCCCCUUGUUCUCACGGCCAAAGAGAAGUGUUCAGCCCAAUCAGGUGUAUCCAUAUGUGUUUGAUGCUUUGGCUGACACACAUCGAGCGACAGCUUUUAUUUCAGACACCAAGAUUGCCCUGCCUGCUGAUGCUAAACGAAAAAACACAAAAAUGUAUGAAGAGGUUGUUGUUCCUCCAAACACGCCCUUACCACCAAGGGAAGGAGAAACUCCCAUUCCUAUUUCAUCUUUAGACGAGAUUGGGCAAAUGGGAUUUCAAGGGAUGAAGCGGCUUAACAGAAUUCAGUCCAUUGUAUUUGACGCAGCAUACAACACAAACGAAAACCUGUUGAUAAGUGCACCAACUGGUGCAGGCAAAACCAACAUUGCCAUGUUGACGAUCUUAAGGGAAAUUAAACAAAACAUCGAGGAAGGAGUGAUCAAGAAGGAUAAGUUUAAGAUCAUUUAUGUGGCCCCUAUGAAGGCACUCGCAGCUGAGAUGGUUCAAAACUUUGGCAAGCGGCUGGCCUCGCUGGGGAUUGCAGUACGUGAGCUUACUGGUGAUAUGCAGCUCACAAAAUCCGAAAUCCUCAAGACUCAAAUGUUAGUAACCACGCCUGAAAAAUGGGACGUGGUGACGCGUAAGAGCACAGGGGACGUGGCACUAGCCCAGCUUGUGAAGUUGUUGAUUAUUGAUGAAGUCCAUCUCUUGCAUGACGACAGAGGCUCAGUUAUUGAGUGUUUGGUAGCCAGGACUCUGCGACAAGUUGAAUCAUCUCAGAGCAUGAUCAGAAUCGUGGGUUUGUCAGCAACACUUCCCAAUUACAUCGACGUGACGCACUUCCUGCGGGUCAACCCGUACGAGGGCCUGUUUUUCUUUGACGGGCGUUUUCGUCCCGUCCCGCUCGGCCAAACGUUUAUCGGGAUCAAGAGCCAAGGUCACGUGAAACAACUACAUGACAUGGACACGAUUUGCUACGAAAAGGUUUUGGAGAACGUUGAACAAGGACAUCAGGUUAUGGUUUUUGUGCAUGCGCGGAAUGCAACCGUCAAGACAGCACUGACGUUACGAGAGAUGGCAGCCAAUCAGGGAGACGCUACUUUGUUCCAUGCCCCACAGAGUCCUGAGUUUGGACAGGCUGAAAAACAGGUGAUGAGAUCACGAAACAAGCAGUUACGAGAACUGUUUCCAGAUGGCUUCAGUAUUCAUCACGCUGGUAUGUUGCGGCAGGAUCGUACCAUGGUCGAACAGUUGUUCUCACGUGGUCUGAUCAGGGUUCUGGUGUGUACUGCGACUCUGGCCUGGGGUGUUAAUCUGCCAGCCCAUGCUGUGGUCAUUAAGGGCACACAAGUUUAUGACGCCAAGAAAGGCUCGUUUGUCGAUAUUGGUAUCUUAGACGUGCUUCAAAUCUUUGGUCGAGCUGGACGUCCUCAGUUCGAUAAACAAGGCGAGGGUAUCAUCAUCACUUCACACGACAAACUCAGCCAUUAUCUGGCGCUUCUCACAAGACAGUCACCGAUUGAGAGUCAGUUCAUCUCCAGUCUUACUGACAGUUUGAACGCCGAGAUUGCCCUUGGUACAGUAACCAAUGUCGAUGAAGCAGUUGAGUGGCUCAGCUACACGUAUUUAUACAUUCGAAUGCGCGUAAAUCCACUGGCUUACGGCAUCCCUUACGGAACCAAAGAGGAUGACCCUCUUCUACUUGGACACCGCAGAGAGCUGAUUGUUAAUGCAGCACGUCAUUUGGACAAAGCGAAGAUGGUGCGGUUUGACCAGCGGACUGGAUAUCUGAACUCUACUGACCUGGGAAGAACUGCUAGUCACUUCUACAUCAAGUACGAUACGAUAGAGGUAUUCAACGAGAUGUUCAAAGAACACAUGCCAGAACCUGAAGUGUUAGCCAUGUUGUCUCACUCACAGGAAUUUGAACAAGUCAAGGUUAGUACGUGUACUAGAUUCUGCAGUCUACACGCGCAGUAUCAACAGCCUUGCGAGAAAAAUAGAGGAUCUGGACAUAAGAUCUUGAUCGUGGCCGUAUUUAUUUCUCACUGGCAUUUUGCCUAUAUCGUUUUUCCUUUCCAGGUUUUAGCCGAGGACGAACAGACACUGGUUUUCACUAUUCCGAUCUUCGAGCCAUUGCCGUCCCAGUAUUACGUGCGAGGCGUGUCGGACCGGUGGCUUGGCUCGGAAGUUGUGUGUGCUCUGUCUUUCAAGCACCUCAUUUUGCCCGAAAAACAUCCGCCACACACUGAAUUGCUUGAUCUUCAACCUUUGCCUAUUACCGCUCUGAAAUGCAAGGAGUACGAGCAGCUUUAUCCAUUCACACAUUUCAAUCCAGUUCAGACGCAAGUAUUUCACACGGUGUACCACACAGAUCAUAACGUGUUACUUGGUGCACCCACUGGAUCCGGUAAAACACUGGCCGCUGAACUGGCCAUAUUCCGUAUCUUCAAUCAGUAUCCAGGAACUAAGGCCGUUUACAUCGCUCCUUUAAAAGCUUUGGUUCGCGAAAGAAUGGACGAUUGGAAAGUUCGUUUUCAGCAGAAACUCGGAAGAAGUGUUGUGGAGUUAACUGGAGAUACCACCCCAGACAUGCGUGCUGUCGCCAAAGCGGAUGUCAUUGUCACCACCCCUGAGAAAUGGGACGGUAUCAGUCGAAGCUGGCAGACACGUAACUACGUCAAGGCGGUCACUCUGUUAGUGAUUGAUGAGAUUCAUUUGCUGGGUGAAGAGAGAGGACCUGUUCUGGAAGUCAUCGUGUCACGGACCAACUUCAUCUCCUCGCAUACGGAGAAAACCGUUCGUGUGAUUGGUUUGUCAACUGCUUUGGCCAAUGCAUCCGACCUGGCUGACUGGCUGGGAAUAGAACAGGCAGGAAUGUUUAACUUCCGGCCCUCAGUUCGCCCAGUCCCCUUGGAGGUGCACAUUUCCGGCUAUCCCGGCAAGCACUAUUGUCCGCGCAUGGCAACAAUGAACAAGCCCACCUUUGCCGCCAUUCGCACCCAUUCCCCCACCAAGCCAGUGCUGGUGUUUGUUUCGUCAAGACGACAGACGCGACUCACUGCUCUGGAGCUGAUCUCUUUCUUAGCUGCUGAAGACAAUCCUAAGCAAUGGCUGCACAUGCCUGAAACUGAGAUGGAAUCUUUGAUUCAAACAGUCAAGGACAAUAACCUCAAGCUGACUUUGUCGUUUGGUAUCGCGCUGCAUCACGCGGGUUUACACGAGAGAGACAGGAAGAUCGCAGAGGAGCUGUUUGUCAAUCAAAAGAUUCAGAUUUUAAUAGCUACCAGCACUCUAGCCUGGGGUGUGAACUUCCCGGCUCACUUAGUGGUCGUAAAAGGCACGGAGUACUAUGACGGCAAGACAAGAAGGUACGUGGAUUUCCCAAUCACAGACGUACUGCAGAUGAUGGGACGCGCAGGGAGACCACAGUAUGACGAGCAUGGGGUGGCUGUGAUCCUGGUUCAUGACAUCAAGAAACACUUCUACAAGAAGUUUCUGUAUGAGCCAUUUCCUGUUGAGUCCAGUUUGCUCGAAGUGCUUCCAGAUCACUUGAAUGCAGAAAUCGUAGCGGGUACGAUCACGUCAAAACAAGAUGCCAUGGAUUAUCUCACUUGGACUUACUUCUUUCGACGCCUGCUGAUGAACCCGAGUUAUUAUGAGCUGGAAGACACGGCCAAUGACUCGGUGAACAAGUUUCUCUCUGCCUUGGUGGAGGAUGCCUUGAAGGAGGUGGAGAAUUCUGCGUGUGUGGAGAUUGGUGAGGACGGUUUGUCGACAACUCCGACCACUCUCGGGAGAAUCUCUUCGUACUACUACUUAAGCCACUUGACACUGCGCAUGUUCCAUGAGCGGUUACACGCUGACUGCAGUCUGUCGGACCUCAUCCAGAUUCUAGCGGACGCUGAAGAAUACACUCAGCUGCCAGUUCGUCAUAAUGAAGACAUCAUUAACAGCGACCUCGCGCCCAGUCUCCCUCUGGAAGUGGACCCUCAGACGUUCGACAGUCCCCACACCAAGGCACAUCUGCUGUUCCAGGCGCAUUUCUCGAGACUACCACUGCCCAGCACCGACUACCUAACAGACACAAAUUCAGUUCUUGAUCAAGCUAUUAGGAUAUUGCAGGCAAUGAUUGACGUCUCUUCAGCUGAAGGCUGGUUAGCAACAGCGUUACGGUGUAUGCAUCUUGUGCAGAUGGUGGUUCAAGGGCGUUGGCUUAAUGACUGCACCCUCCUCACACUGCCGUGCGUCGAUCCAGAUCUGCUGUCGCUCUUCAGAAUGGAUGGUCGUUCUUUAGAUUGUCUCCCUGAGCUCUUAGACGCCGUUAGAGGCGAGAGAAAAGUAUUGAAUGCAAUGUUGGGAGACGCGCUGAGUCCAGGAGAAAUAAACCAGGUAUUUGACAUGUUAGGUCGUCUGCCCCAAAUCAGUGUGAAAUUGAAGGUGCGUGGAGUCUGGGCCGAGAACCAGGAAGGUAUGAAGGAAAGUAAAGUCAUCAAUACUAAAGAGACCAAGGGGAUCGUGAGAGACUGGGUGCCAGUACAUGCCGAGCAGGAGUAUGUCAUCUUGAUUGAAAUCACCAAGGAGUUUUGCGGUUUUAAGCGGUCCAACACAAAAGCUCAUGCGCCUCACUUUCCCAAAGUCAAAGACGUUGGCUGGUGGGUGAUCCUUGGCGAGAUGGACUCGGGCGAGCUAUUGGCGGUGAAGAGAGUGGGUCAAGUGCGCUCGUCUAGUACCGUCCCUUUAUCAUUCUACACGCCUGAGGACCUGGGCAGGAAGUUCUACACAGUGUAUCUCAUCAACGACGCUUACCUGGGAAUGGACCAGCAAUAUAAUGUUCCUCUAGAGAUUAUCGAGUCUGAUAUCUCUAGUCAAGUUAACACGGAGGUUAACUUUGACAAAUAAUGAAUCCCCCGUCAAAUGCUAGCUCUUUGUGUUGAAUAUUUGAUGUAUAGAAAAUGUGAAAUAUGUAGUUCAGACCGCCCGUUCAAAUCUUUACUAAUUUAGGUAAGCAAGAAUCUCAUCAACGGUCUAUAAAGUACGCAUUCUGUGCAGUCUGAAUUUACAGUGAUACGCCCAAUUGCAAAUAUUUUUCCAUAUGCGUGGCAGCACUAAUGUGGCACCGUGGAAAUGUGCGGCGUUUGCAAUACCCCUCUACUGUUUUCUGGUAUUUCGUCUAUUUGUUUAUUAUUUCAAACAAUUAUUUUAAGAUCUGAAGUUUUUUUAUGCAACAAAAUCAAUGCGUGUUUUGCUUGCAUCGUUUGGGUCACUUCCACGGAGUAAUCCAUUUCUAAAUUCUGUUUUUCUCGCGGUUGACUCGCGGUUAUUUUCACUUAAAUAUUAUAACUCGACAAAUGAAUUAUUAAUGCUCAGAGUAACCUGCACAAAGGACCGUCAAAUCGAAAGAUUAAAAAAUAUACACAUUAAAGAUGUUCAGAUUAUAUUUGUAAUAUGAAGAGGUUCACUGAAUCAUUUGCAAAAUAUUGUAAGUGCUUUUUGUUGUUGUU